AUGUGCCCGUGCCCCCUGCACCGCGGCCGUGGCCCCCCGGCCGUGUGCGCCUGCAGCGCCGGCCGUCUGGGUCUGCGCUCGUCCGCCGCGCAGCUCACGGCCGCCCGGCUCAAGGCGCUCGGCGACGAGCUGCACCAGCGCACCAUGUGGCGGCGCCGCGCGCGGAGCCGGAGGGCGCCGGCGCCCGGCGCGCUCCCUACCUACUGGCCCUGGCUGUGCGCGGCCGCGCAGGUGGCGGCGCUGGCGGCCUGGCUGCUCGGCAGGCGGAACUUGUAGGAACGCGGGGCUUCUUGGUGGGGCCGGAGCCGAGACCCAGCCGGAGCGAGCAACAGGUACGCGA